ACGGGUGGGAAAAAGUCAUAACGCCGCUCGACACGGCGAUACUUUCAUAGCCACGGGCGGGGCUCCCGGCCGAGAAACUGAAUUACCGGCAGCAGGCAAAAACUUAGCCGAGCUGUUCUGUCGUCCAUGGGAAUGUACUGGACACUGCGUGGGAAAACCGGACCCAGUCAGCGAUUUUCGACGAUGCCUUAACGCUGGCAUGUCCAUUCGACCACGUUCCUUCUGAGACCCGCCGGGAAGCAGCGUUUAUCCGUUUUUCUCGCACUUAUUUCUUUUUCCUGGUGUGUGUGUGUGUGUGUGUGUGUGUGUGUGUGUGUGUGUGUGUGUGUGUGUUGUGCUCGUCGUGUAAGAUGAAGUGACAGCAUAUCCUCGAAUAUCUGGAAUCUCAACAACUAGCUGUUUUCCGCCUCUGGACGGGGUCGACUCGAGUAAGGCUGGCAGGUGUGUGGAAAGGUGGGCAGCAUGGCUGAACCCAGGCGAGACAGCACCAGCAGCCUGCAGAGGAAGAAGCCCCCUUGGCUUAAACUGACCAUUCCUGCUGCUCAAGCGUCUUUAGACGAACCCCCCACCUUUGUCCAGCCUGUGAAGAGGCAGGGGUUUCUCCGCAGCGUCAGCAUGCCUGUCGAAACCUCCCAUCUCGCCUCCCCACCGCGUGACCUUUUUGAUCCCCGGCGAGCUCCGCUGCAGCGCCAGGCGUCAAUCACACAGACCAUCAAGAGCAGCAGGAGGGUCCACUUUGAGCGGAUUAACACGGUGCCCAUUAAGGGUCACCGUGCUGGGCGCCGUAGUUUCAGGAGGCACCACCAUUCCCUCUCCAGAACCCUGAUCAGGGGCACGGCGGACUGGUUCGGGGUCAGUAAGGAUGGCGAUGCCACGCAGAAGUGGCAGAGGAAGAGCCUGCGUCACUGCAGCAUGCGCUACGGGAAGCUGAAGCCACAGGUAAUCCGGGAAAUGGAGCUGCCCAGCCAGGACAACAUCUCCUUGACCAGCACGGAGACGCCGCCGCCUCUCUAUGUACCUACGUCCCAGCAUGGCAUACCUAAGAUCGUGGACCCUCUGGCACGUGGCCGGGCUUUCCGCAUGGUGGAGGAGGUGGACGGUUACAGCGUUCCUCAAACUCCCAUCACACCCGGUGCCGCCUCCCUCUGCUCCUUCACCAGCUCUCGAUCCGGCCUCAACCGGAUACCACGCCGACGCAAACGUGAGUCUGUGGCCAAGAUGAGCUUCAGGGCAGCGGCAGCUCUGGUUAAGGGGCGCUCUAUUAGAGAGAGUACCAUGCGGCGGGCCCACAGACGCAGUUUCACCCCAGCCAGCUUCAUUGAGGAGGAUGUGGUGGACUUUGCUGAUGAGCUGGACACGUCCUUCUUCGCCAGAGAUGUGCUGAUGCACGAAGAGAUGUCAACGUUCCAUGACGAAGUGUUCGAGUCUCCCUCCGAUUCUACUACCAAGGAUGUGGACAGCAAACAGCUAGACGAGUCAGAGCUGACAGGGAGCGCACUGGACAAGAGCGAACUGGAGAGGAGUCAUCUAAUGCUUCCGCUAGAGAGAGGCUGGAGAAAGGCCAAGGAGGGAACACCUGCACCUCCUAAGGUCCGACUGAAGCAAGAAGUGGUCAGUGUGAAUGGUCAGCGGAGAGGGCAGCGGAUAGCUGUGCCAGUGAAGAAGCUCUUCGCGCGAGAGAAAAGGCCGUAUGGGCUCGGCAUGGUGGGCAAGCUAACCAACCGGACAUAUCGCAAACGCAUCGACAGCUAUGUGAAGAGGCAGAUAGAAGACAUGGAUGAUCAUCGGCCUUUCUUCACGUACUGGAUCACGUUCGUCCACCUGCUCAUCACUAUCCUGGCUGUAUGUAUUUACGGCAUAGCACCAGUGGGUUUCUCCCAGCAUGAGACCGUUGAUUCUGUUCUAAGAAACAAAGGUGUCUAUGAGAACGUCAAGUUUGUGCAGCAAGAGAACUUUUGGAUCGGACCAAGUUCGGAGGCACUGAUCCAUCUGGGAGCCAAAUUCUCACCCUGUAUGCGACGGGACCAGGAAGUGCAUGAUCUGAUCCAGAGGAAGCGGGAUACAGAGCGGAACUCGGCCUGCUGUGUGCGCAAUGACCGCUCAGGCUGCCUGCAGACUUCCCAGGAGGAGUGUUCGAGCACGCUGGCUGAGUGGGUGAAGUGGCCACAGCACUCCAGCACCCCUCUGCUGGAUGGCAAGCAACGUUUGUACGGCUCCGUCUGCCAUCAGGACCCCAGGACCUGUCUCGAGCCAGCCUCUGUAGCACCUCACGAAUGGCCUGAUGACAUCACCAAGUGGCCAAUCUGCACCAGGUAUGAUACAGGGAACCACACUAACCUGCCUCACAUUGACUGUACCAUCACCGGCCGGCCCUGCUGUAUCGGAACCAAAGGAAGGUGUGAGAUCACAUCACGAGAGUACUGUGACUUCAUGAAAGGUUAUUUCCAUGAAGAGGCAACACUGUGUUCCCAAGUGCACUGUAUGGAUGAUGUAUGUGGCCUCCUUCCCUUCCUCAACCCAGAAAUCCCUGACCAGUUCUACCGGCUCUGGCUGUCUCUCUUCCUGCAUGCUGGGAUUCUGCACUGCCUGGUUUCCGUGCUGUUUCAGAUGACUAUCCUGAGAGAUCUGGAAAAGCUAGCUGGCUGGCUGCGUAUCUCCAUCAUCUACAUCCUCAGCGGCAUCACAGGGAAUCUAGCCAGCGCCAUCUUCCUGCCCUACAGAGCUGAGGUGGGUCCAGCUGGCUCUCAGUUUGGCAUCCUGGCCUGCCUUUUUGUGGAGCUGUUUCAAAGCUGGCAGAUCCUUGCGCAGCCAUGGCGCGCCUUCACCAAGCUACUGUGUGUGGUGCUCUUCCUCUUCGCCUUCGGCCUGCUGCCCUGGAUCGACAACUUCGCUCACAUCUGCGGCUUCAUCUCUGGCUUCUUCCUCUCCUUCGCCUUCCUGCCCUACAUCAGCUUUGGCCGCAUGGACAUGUACCGCAAGCGCUGCCAGAUCCUCGUCUUCCUGGCCGUCUUUGUGGGCCUGUUCGCAGGCCUGGUGGUGCUCUUCUAUGUCUACCCCAUCAAGUGUGAGUGGUGCGAGCUGCUCACCUGCAUUCCCCUGACGGACAAGUUCUGCGAGAAGUACGACCUCAACGCCCACCUCCACUGAAGGAGCUGCGAAGGAGGCGGGGCUUUGGGUAGAGAGGAGCAUUGGAUUGGAUUGGCUGUUGUCCUGCAUCGGCCAGUAGCCAGAGAACGGAGAUAAGCUGGACGUUGUCCCGCCCCUCCGAGGCCAUUUCUGUGUGAACUUGGACGAUGAUGCUUGUGUUCUUCUUUUUUUAAUUAUUUUUUUCCUCUUCUCUCAGUGCAAGUUGGAAUGCCACUUUUGACCAUUGUGAUGACUCUGAGAAUGUUUUUUUAAAAUGUCCCCCAAAGAGUUUUGUCUGUUGAGCAGGGUGUCCUGUGACGCUCUAGCUCCAAACCGUCUCUCACACACAUUACAGUAUCUGAGGACAGUGUGGGAGAAUAAGCACUGGUACAAACACAGAAAAUAUAUGCUAAAAAAAAAAAAAAAUCUGUCGUUUUAUACUUUUCAUGUUUUAGCAUGUCACUAAAUCAGGCAAAGGUUUUACCAUUGUUCAGACGACCUCAGAAUCCAGGGACGAAAAAGAUAAACAAUCUAUACCUUCAGUGCCUUGGUAAAUGUACCUACUACUGCCAUAUUUUGGUUACGACAAGCACUCAAAUGUUAUUCUUUUAUUUGUGUACUGCUUCAAAUGGAGUAAUGGUUAAAUACUUAAGGGUAGUGUUUUAGCUACCCAUUUAUUCACUUGUUACAAAAUACAGCUUAAACAAUCUGCACCUCA